GCCGGGUCAGCAGGGAAAGUAAUUCCGCACUCUCUUCCAGUCCUUUCCUUUCACACUCCAUCCGUCUGUAAAGCUAUUUUCGCCAUGGAACUUUGGCCGACGCUGUUCCCCGUCCUUUUGUUGUGCACACUCCUUCCUUUAAGCGACUGUGACGAGCAGCGAGUCCCCGAAGAUAAACUUGUGGUGGUGACCGUCGCAACCAAGGAGACUGAUGGCUUCAAACGUUUUAUGAGAUCAGCAAAACAUUUUAAUUACACUGUAAAGGUUCUCGGUCGGGGUCAAAAAUGGACAGGAGGAGAUUACUUGUCUCCUGGGGGAGGUCAGAAAGUGCGAAUUCUGAAAGCAGCCCUGGAAAAAAUGAAGGAUGAAGAUAAAAUCAUUCUUUUUGUUGACAGUUAUGAUGUUAUUUUCGCAUCAAGUCCUAAAGAGCUACUUAAGAAGUUUAUGCAAGCCAAUCACAAGGUGGUCUUCUCCUCUGAGACACUGAUAUGGCCCGACAGACACUUGGAGGACAAAUAUCCACAUGUCCGGGAGGGUAACAGGUUCCUUGGAUCAGGGGGUUUUAUUGGCUACCUUCCCAACAUCAAGGAAAUGGUUGCUGGGUGGGCAGGAGAAGACGGUGACAGUGAUCAGCUGUUUUUCACCAAGAUUUAUAUCGACCCUGAGAAAAGAAAAUCCAUAAAUAUUACACUGGACAGCAAAUGCAGAUUGUUUCAGAAUCUUCAUGGAUCUCUUGACGAAGUGGUCCUAAAAUUUGAGGAGCGACAUGUGCGAGCCAGGAAUUUACUGUAUGAUACUUUACCAGUUAUCAUCCACGGGAAUGGGCCAAACAAGCUUGAACUUAACUACCUUGGUAACUACAUACCAAACACGUGGACAUUUGAGACGGGCUGCACAGUUUGUCAAGAGGACCUACGGCCACUCAGGAACCUUAAAGAAAGUGAAUAUCCUUUGGUGGUGAUUGGCGUUUUCAUCCAGCAGCCCACCCCAUUUGUCACCGUAUUUUUUGAACGCCUGCUGAAGCUUCAGUAUCCUAAAAACAGGCUAAAGCUCUUUAUUUUCAACAAGGAGCCUCAUCACGAGCGUGAAGUCAGGUCUUUCCUGCAGGACCAUGGAAGUCUUUAUCUGGAUGUCAAGUUUGUUGGUCCCGAAGAGGAAAUGGAUGUAGCAGCUGCACGCAAUAUGGGCUUUGAUAUGUGCAGAAAGCAGACAGACUGUGACUAUUUCUUUAACUUGGACGUUGAAGUUGUUUUGAAGAAUGAAAACACACUCAAAAUUCUCAUUGAACAAAACCUGCCAAUCGUGGCACCACUGUUGACACGGAGUGGCCGACUGUGGAGUAACUUCUGGGGAGCCCUGAGCGCAGAUGGCUACUACGCUAGGUCGGAGGAUUACGUGGACCUCGUUCAAGGACGCAGGGUGGGAAUAUGGAAUGUGCCAUAUGUAACCAGCGUGUACCUGAUGAAGGCCAGCCUCCUUCGCUCAGAGCUCUCAGACGGUGAUCUUUUUCAUUCAAAUUCCUUGGACCCAGACAUGGCCUUUUGCCAACAUGUGCGAAGCAAGGGAGUCUUCAUGUAUGUAACAAACAUGGAAACUUUUGGCCGCAUCCUAUCAACAGACAACUGUCAGACCAGUCAUCUGCAUAAUGAUCUGUGGCAAAUCUUUGAAAAUCCAGAGGACUGGCAAGAGCGCUACAUUCAUGAGAACUACACGCACAUUAUGAAAGAUAAACUCAUUGAAACUCCCUGCCCUGAUGUAUACUGGUUUCCAAUUUUCAGCGAUGUUGCUUGCAACCACUUGGUUGAAGAAAUGGAACACUUUGGGAAAUGGUCAGGAGGCGGUAAUAAGGACAACCGAAUCCAAGGCGGCUAUGAAAAUGUCCCUACCAUUGACAUCCACAUGAAUCAAGUCAACUAUGAUAAGGAAUGGCACCAGUUUUUACUGGAGUACAUUGCACCGAUAACGGAGAAAAUGUAUCCUGGGUACUACACUAAGGCUCAUUUUGACUUGGCCUUUGUAGUUAGAUAUAAACCCGAUGAGCAGCCAUAUUUGAGGCCACAUCACGACGCCUCCACAUUCACUAUAAACAUAGCACUCAAUCAGAGGGGGCCUGAUUACCAGGGUGGAGGAUGCAGGUUCCUCCGCUACGACUGCUCCGUCGAGGCUCCCCGUAAAGGAUGGGCCCUCAUGCACCCUGGCCGCCUCACUCACUACCACGAAGGACUGCCCACCACAGCUGGCGUUCGCUACAUCGCAGUGUCAUUUGUGGACCCUUGAACUUCCACAUAGGACAGACACUUACAAGAAGUAUAUUUAAGGUGCAUUUGAUGAAAUUGGGUGCUAUUGACAGCAAUAGACGUCCAAACUAGGCAUGUGCCAGUAUAUUCUGAUGGAAUGAUAACCUUAAGCCAAAAUAUCACGUUUUCACAGAAUCAUGAUAUUGCAAUUACAGCUCUAUAGAGAUAUUUUUGUUAAAAAAAAACAACAAAAACUUUUUCCAUUGAACAGGAUUUUUAUUUUUCAAAACAUAUUUGCAAAUUGGAACAUAAGUAUGAUUUUUAAAGUUAAAAUAAAUUUCAAAAAAUAACAAAAUUUUAUAAAAUAAAAUAAAUUCUGUCCUUUAGGUGAGUCUAAACCCACGGCCACAGCUCAACAUUAUUACCAUCACUACAAAAAUAAUUGAAUUAUCUUCCAUAAAAAGCACGUGUGUAAGACUCUUAUCAUGUUUUCAUUAUACACACACUCUUUCUCAACAGACAGUUGCCUGGUAGAAAAAACAAAACAAAACACAUUUUACCACCGCUAGACACACUAAACACACUGGAGUUAACUCUUGUAGCUGGUGGGAAAUGCUCAUGACAACCUUUAAUUCUGUAUAAAUGCAAAAUCAUUUUGGAAGUAUUGCCUCCUCGGCAGCCACCCUCCGCAAACAUGGUUUACAUGUCGUUUGACCCUCCUCACUUAAGCCGCCGUCUGUAACUUUUCUGUAGCAGAAGUUUUCCCAUACCAGCGAUUUUGUUUUCUGUGAUGGGGGAAAAAAUUCAGGAGUUUCACCUCCUCCAGCCAUUAUGUAGCACAGCCGACUCACCGACACUGAGCAACAAGCGGUGGGGGAGGGCUGAGCGUGGGAUUUCUCCAUGCAUUUAUAGGACAUUAAAAAAAUAGCUAAUACCUUAAGGACAGUAUGACGGAAAAUUUGAAACCUUGACGUUUUCAUACCACGGUAUACCUUGAAACCAGUAAUCGGCACAUGUCUAGUCCAAACAGUUUGAAUUUGAAGGGCUGGCAGCGUAUAAACAUGCUUUCAUUGGCUGCCAGUUCAAACGGAUUGGAUGUCUAUCGCUGUCAACGGCAGCCAAUGGCUUAAGCAUCACAGCAGGUGUUGACAGCGUCACGGUUUAGCCAUGAGUAGCAUUUUAAAACACAAAAAGGGAACUUGGUCCAUGAAUAUCAGAUUGUACAUAUUAGAGUUUACGACCCAUGGCUGAACUGUCAUCCCAGUUACGUAUUUAUUUUUUCAUAUCAUGUGUGAAUGUUGCCCGAGAUUUUGUAGUUUUCAUGGUGGCCGUAUGGAGCAAAUGUCUUUGAUACCAAUUGGCACAUUGACUGUCUAACAGUCUGGAUCAAUAAAGCAUCUGUCAA